CUCCAUCUUGUUCUAAGGAACGCUAAAGACUGGCCUUCUUGCCAUGGCGUGUGGAUCAGUGGGUCCUCAGGGUCUUCUUCCACAACCACUUUCUUCUGCCAGAUUUAAUAAUCUACCCUAUGUGGAAGGGCCCUGGUUCUGGUCCUGCGGUCAGACCAACAUAUCCUGCAAGAUGGUAAAUGGGAAGAUGGUAGAAGUGGGCAAGUGGCCAUGGCAAGUAAGCAUUCUUUUUCUGGGAAUGUACGUCUGUAGCGGUUCCCUCAUCCACCACCACUGGAUCCUCACAGCUGCACACUGCUUACAGAGAUCCAAGGACCCGGCUAACUACACUGUAAAGGUGGGUGUCCAGAACCUCCCAGAUAACAGCUCGGAGCUCAUAGUCACUAAGAUUGUGAUUCACGAGAACUUCAACAAUCACAUGUCUCACAACAUCGCCAUCCUGAAGCUCAAGUACCCUGUUGCCUGGUCUCCCCUCAUCCAGCCCAUCUGUCUCCCCACCGUCAAUUUCAGGCCAGCCGUUGGCACCAUGUGUUGGGUCAUCGGGUGGGGACAAGAAAAGACAAAAGGUGACCCAAAGACCCCCUACAGUGUCCAGGGCUUGGCUGUCAGGAUCGUGAAUAAUGAAAUCUGCAAUCAUCGGUACCAGUUCCUCCUGAUGAAGAACCAGAAGAAGUUUAUUGGGAAUGACAUGCUGUGUACGAGCUCAGAAUGGGGCCUGGACACUUGUCAGGACACCUCUGGCAGCUCCCUGGUUUGCCAAAUGAACAAGACCUGGAUCCAGAUGGGGGUGGUGAGCUGGAACUUUGGCUGCGGCCGCCGCCAAUUCCCAAGCAUUUACACCAGCACCUCCCACUUCACCCAGUGGAUCAAGAGACAGAUCGGCGACAUGCGCUUCGCCAGCAUGGCUGUCCCUUCCUUCCUGAGCCCAUUCAUCCUCACUGGCUACAUCUUGCUGGUUUCCCUGGGCUCCCUGUGGCUCUUGUGAGCCCUGUUUCUACAACAGACUGCUUCUCCCUUCUCUCUGCUCCGCCCUCAGAAGUGGACACCGGAGGCCGAGCAGGACUUCAGGACAGAGGGACUCUGGGGAAGGGUCCUAGACCCACUGUGGGGUUUGUCCUCCAGUUGUUCAAUGAAGAUGCUCUUGAACCUUUUGAGCCAUUUCAAGUUAUCACAUUCUUGACUUUGACCAAAGCCCCUUAGAACACUUCCCUCAUAAAACCUGGCUGUUUCUCAAGCUG